AUGGAAGUCAAUAAAAGUGAAAAACACGACAAAAUUAUACCUCGUGGAACGACUAAAAAAGAAAGGUUACAAGAUUGCAUUGCUAUUUUAAAACAUCUAAAAUUAUCAGAUUUGAUGGACAAAUGUCCGAUUUUUGUCAGUAGUGACCUGGAAAAAAUUCCAGAUAUGGAAAGACGAAGUAGCAAAAUGCAUCAUUGUAGCUACGCUGACAAAGUUUCAUCGAAUUUAUUAAUAUCUGGCAUUAAAACAUCACAUUGUAAUGAAGUUGAAAAAAAUAAUAAUGAAAUAAAAUCAAGUGGUACCACCAGUAACACAGGCAAUGUUAACGCAUCCAUUCCAAAACCAAUUAAAAAAAUUAUUGGCAUCAAAGUAAUCGACAACUGCAAACUUCAGGCCGAAAAAAACCUUAUAAAAAAGACCGUUUUCUUGAUGAGCAACGUAAAAAGAUGUCACAGAAAUGAUGUCAUAGAUUUUCUUAAAACAAGUGGCAUAAACGUCAUCUCUUGUUUUCCGGUGAUAAAACGUUCUAAUCAGGAUAUAAGCGAUCCAGUAAACAAGGAUGAGGAAGAAUCAACGAUGUUUCGUGUAUGUGUCGAAAGUUGCGAUGGACCGAAGAUGAAGGACCCGGAAAUUAUGUUAAAACACAUCAUUGUACGCGAAUGGCCUUUCGGGAAAAACACCAACAAAAACUCUGAUACAACGAACAAACAUGGCUGA